AUGGCGCCUCUUCAGGAAGGACAGUAUAUGAUUCAAACGAGCAGUCAGUCAAGCGCACGGCUCAACCUCCAGCACUACUGGGUCACAGAAAGCCUGGGCUACCUCCUCCACCCAUCCAUCCCCGUCGCGCCAGAUGCAAAGAUCGCGGACAUCGCAACGGGAACCGGGGCAUGGCCAGUCUCCUACUCUCUCCACGCAGCCGUUCCAUCCAGCGUCCAGAUCGACGGCUUCGACGUCACGGACGACAUGUUCCCGCCGGCGGACUGGCUGCCGUCGAACGUCAGUCUACGGACAUUGGACGUCCUCAAGCCUAUACCGGCGGAGCUGAAGGGGGUCUAUGAUGUCGUGUGCAUACGGUAUUUCGGCGUCCAGGUUCGGAAUAAUGACCCCAGCGGGGUGUUGGCGAAUUUGGUGGAGAUGUUGAAGCCCGGGGGGUAUAUCCAGUGGGUCGAAUCAGAUAUCUACAGCCAACGCGUCGUGAAGCCGACCUCGUGCACGCUCCCAGAAUCAACAGCACUAGAGCGGCAUCUAGCUGUUUGGAGACGGUACCUUGACGCCUCGGGGUUACGUUAUGACUGGCUUGCAGCCCUCCCAACGCACUGCAUUCGCCACGGCAUGUCCGAAGCACACAUCUACACGCCACCUUCGACCCCCGCGCUCCGAUUCACACUGACUACCGCCGUGCUGGGCGCGUGGGAGGAGCUGAGCUAUAACCUGGACAAAGACAAGGAGCCGGAUGAAUUCUUGGGGAGUGGAAGGGAGCUCAGGGAGAAGAUUGGGGCGUUUUGGAGGGAGGUUGAGGCUGGGGCGGCGCUGGAGCAGAGGUUUUUUGUUACGGUUGCGAGGAAGUAG